CACUUCCAUUGCGUUCUAUCAGCUGAAGAAAAGUACAAGCCCUGUCCAAAUUCAAGGGGAUGGAAAAACAGUCUCCAUCUCUUGAUAGGAAAAGAUAAAUGUAAAGUCAUAUUUAACAAGAAGGUAUAUACGAGAGUGGGAAAAAUUUGUGGCUAUUUUUCCCAAUCUACUAUACUAACAAUAGCUUAAAAUUCAAUACAGAAAUAAUACAGAAAAAGAUUGAUCAAUUUGAUGAAAUGAAAAUUUUUUAAAAUCUUAUACUACAGAAAUAUAAUAAAUAAAAGAUGAAUGACAAACUUAGAAGAAUAUUUGUAAUUUAUGUCAUGGACAAAAAUGUAAUAUCUAUAUAAUGUAUAAAGAGCUUAUAAAACAUAGAAGAAAAAUUGACAACACUAUAGGAAAAUAGACUAGAGACAUAAAUAACACAAUUUGCAAUUAAAGAAAUGGACCUGGUUCUUAACCAUAUUAAAUGAUGUUCAACCUUGCUUUUAAUAAAAGAAAUGGGAAGAAGAGGAGGCGAGAACGACCCCCGACCAAAGCUCGCGUGUCACUGCAUCCCUGCGUACAGCGCCUACGUCCCGCCGCCGUUGCCACCAUGCCCAAGAGAAAGGCUGAAGGGGAAGCUAAAGGAGAUAAAGCCAAGGCAAAGGACGAACCACAGAGAAGAGCUGCAAGGUUGUCUGCUAAACCUGCUCCUCCAAAGCCAGAGCCCAAGCCCAAAAAGGCCCCUGCAAAGAAGGGAGAGAAGGUACCCAAAGGGAAAAAGGGAAAAGCUGACGCUGGCAAGGAGGGGAAUAACCCUGCAGAAAACGGAGAUGCCAACACAGACCAGGCCCAGAAAGCUGCAGGUGCUGGAGACGCCAAGUGAAGUGUGUGCAUUUUUGAUAACUGUGUACUUCUGGUGACUGUACAGUUUGAAAUACUAUUUUUUAUCAAGUUUUAUAAAAAUGCAGAAUUUUGUUUUACUUUUUUUUUUAAUCUAUGUUGUUAGCACACAGAACAUUUCAUUGUUUUUUGGGGAAGGGACAUAUGUCACUAAUAGAAUGUCUCCAAAGCUAGAUUGAUAUGAGGGAAAAUGUUUUUCCCUCUAGUUUUGAGAGACUUCCUCUUGGCUCCCAAGAGGAGGGAUUCCCUGAUGUUGACACACAGCUACCUUGGCACAAAUGCCUUGUGGUAUGGAAAAACUAAUUUGUUUUUAUGUCCUAGUCUCCCUCAGUCUUCAGCAUAGUCUUAACUCCCUUAAACCCAGUCACCUCUUGUAACCUGACCCCCAAUAAUUGGUUACCAGUAUAUCAAGGAAUCUGGACUUUUUCAAUAAUACCACUGAGAUGGCAUCCCUCAAAAGAGCAGCGGUUCCAUUUGUAGAUUGUUGGAUCUUCAGAUAAAUUCUGCCAUUUUCAUUUCAUUUCCUGAAAGUUAGGGUCGGCUUGUGAAAAGUUGUUAAACAACAUGCUAAAUGUGAAAUGUCAACCCUCACUCUAAACUUCCCUGUUCAGAGCAUCAAAUGAAGACUUCAUUGGGUUUUAUAGUGGCUUUCUGAUUUUUGGUAGAACAUUGAAGAAGGGAGUUUGAAAGUUGUUGUAUACUGUUAACGAUCGUCUGCCCAUGUCCUGCCUGAAAUACCGUGAUUGUUUAUGAAAAGUAUCUUUAAUAAAGCUGGAUACAGUUUGGCUUGGAAAAAA